AUGGCACUGAAGUUUCUGGGUGAGGUGACAGGGAUAAAUAUGCUAGCGAAGUACUUCGGUGACCAGGACAAGCCAGAGGCUCUCAAGGAGCCGCAGGAGGAUUUCGCUGGCAGUUCUUCAACCAUUCCCCCCGAGAGCCAGUUCGAGCUACUGGCCCCCCACAAUUGCAACUUGGCCCUUCAGCGAGGCUUCUAUUUCUCGUUCCGGCUACCCGACUGGGCGAGGGACUUCAAAGAGCACACCCGUGAGAUCAUCGCCAGUCCGUUCCACGAAUCUGAUAGUAGCGAGACAUCACAGCCCUCGAAGCAGAAAGCCAAAUACUUUUUGCGACCAGAAAGAUACGGCAUGAUCGCGGAGAACAUGGGAGCUAACUUCUUUGAGGAGAUUCCCCAAGACUUGCAAUCAAAGUCCGGAAGACCGGUACGCUCGCCCAAGAUCAAGGACGACGUGACGUGCAAGAAACGAGUUCGAACGUAGAACGUAGCCAGCACUCCAUCUGUCGAAAGUCAAACAACAUUUUCGGAACACCUUAUUGGAGUGGGCGAAAAUGGUUGUUGGCCUAAUUGUGAAAGCUGGAAUUGUGUAUGCCGUGAUCGUUGCCACUCGGAACUAUGGCGUGUGGGGCUCCCCGGACGAUACGCAGGAUGUGUAUAUGGAUGCGUUGGAGCAUAUGGAACCAUACGCGGAUCAGGCGCGUCGCAAACUCAAAAUAUGUCCGCCCAGGCCGCCACCUCAGGGCGAAUGGUCUUUCAUGGGCAUCCAUUACUAUAAUGAGUGCGUCAAGGCCGUUUUUGACGUUUUGAGCCUCGUUCCGGUCGGGCUGGUGGCCGUUUUUGAGAGGAUACCCUUCUACCUGAACGCCAUCAAGGAGAGCAUUCGCAAGUAUCAGGAAAAGGAGAAGAAAAAGAAGGAGAUCAAGAUAUCCAAGGACCAGCUGGACGAAACGCCUUUGGUCCAACGACCCAAGGGUGAACUGAUGCCGCACUGCAAGGACAAGCGCUGUGCCAAGGCACCCCUCAUCCCGCCAGGCUGCCGCCAGAAGCGUUACAACGACGAGUUCAUCUACGAGCCACGUCCACGGAUGAAGGCGGCCUGCAAGUGCAAGUGCAAGGAGCGGAAGCCCAAGCCUUGUCCAGAAAAGAGGCCCAAGUGCCCGCAGUCCGAGGAAUCGCCGAAGUGCCGCUGCCCGGGUACUCCGAGGCGAGAUCUCCCUUAAGAUACUGAAGCUGACGAAUCUUUCCAACCAUCUAGCGACUCCUCUUAGCCCGCCCACCCCAAAUAAACCAAAUUUUUGUACUGUAACCUACGAAAA